GAACUGAACUCAGAGCUGACCUCCAUGGAACACCGCACUUGAAACUAGGAACUUGGUCUCCAUCUUUCAUUGAACAUACUCGUCUAUCUGCUGGGAAAUAUUCUGGGGCGUAAUCUCGGCAAAAACUCGACCUCUUGAUCCCAGGAUAUAUAUGUCUUGCGGCUGAAUUCAAUUGACGUUCUUGUGACUUGAGCAUGCCACUAGGAUUUUAGUUAUAAAAGACGAGUUGGGGAUGCAAAGAGUUUUUUUCGGCUCCCUAAAAAUGGCUUCCCAAGAGCCGGAUAUGGUCGCCACUGACAACAGGAGCAUCGAGAAAGAGAACCACAACAGUUCCAGUCCAAAGCAGCUCAAUGACGCUGAAGUCGUGGAGGUUACGAACGCCGACUAUGCUCUCGCCCUUGCGUCUGGUCCAAAGCUCAACCCAACCAGCUUAGCGUCGAUACAACUCUUCCUUAUAUUACUCGUUGCAUUUAUGGGCAGUAUGUCGAAUGGGUUUGACGGGCAGGUUAUGGGUGCUGUCAAUGGGAUGCAACAGUAUCUUAAUUACUUUAGUAUACCUGCCGAUGAGGGUGGUGGAGUUGGAACCCCCACGGCGCUCAUUUUCGGAAUCUACAACAUCGGCAGUAUUGUCGGUGUUUUGGUCGCUGGACCUGUCACCGAUGGACGUUUUGGUCGUCGUGGCGGAAUGUUUACCGGUGCCACCAUCAUCGUCGUGGGAGCAAUAGUGAUCACUUUAGCGCAGUCACGCGCUUACCUGUUGGGAGGUCGUUUCGUUCUUGGAUUUGGCGUGUCGAUCACAGCAACCGCUUGCCCUUCUUACGUUGUUGAGUUGUCCCCUCCUCAGUGGAGAGGACGUUUGACUGGACUCUUUAACACGUUCUAUUAUGCUGGCUCGAUUCUAUGUACUGGCAUUUCAAUCGGAACCGGAAGACUAGCAUCCACAACGUCAUGGCGAGCACCUUUAGCCAUCCAAAUUGUACCUGCGGGCAUUCUGGUUCUUUUUGUGUGGUUUUUGCCUGAGUCACCACGGUGGCUCAUGUCCGUUGACAGGAAGGAUGAAGCUCGGAGAUUUCUUGCUAAAUAUCACGGUAACGGCGAUGAGAAUGCCCCCUUGGUCCUAUUGCAGUGGAAAGAGUUUGAAGAAGCCAUUAAGUUAGACGCGUCAGAUAAGCGAUGGUAUGACUACACCGAGCUGUUCAAUACACCUAAUGCCCGAUAUCGAACGUACAUGAUGUUGAUGAUGGGUUUUUUUGGACAAUGGUCUGGAAAUGGAUUAGGGUAUUUCUUAACCGUGCUGUUUGGAAAUGCGGGAGUGAGGUCUCAAGACCGCCGACUCGUGCUCAAUUUCGUGAACACCGUCAUCUCGGCCAUAGGAGCUUCCAUUGGCACCAGUCUGUCUGACACCGUGGCACGACGCAAAAUGUGGUUUUGGGGGACACUGGCGAGUGCCUCCACUCUAGUCAUUGUGACAGGCUGCACAGCCAAAUUUGGAUUGGAAGGUAGCAAUAACCCAGACGGAGCAAAUGCAGCUAUUGCUUUUAUCUUUCUAUUUGGUUUUGUUUUCAGUCUUGCCUAUACGCCCUUACAGGCGUUGUAUCCUACGGAGUGCCUCGCGUAUAACACUCGCGCUAAGGGAAUGGCUAUGUAUUCUUUGGCCGUCAGCUGUGCGGGAUUAGUCGGUCAGUAUGCGGGCCCUAUCGCGCUGCAGAACAUCUCGUGGAGAUAUUACAUCGUGUACGUUUGUUGGGACCUUUUCGAAUGCACGAUGGUGUGGUUCUUUGCUGUCGAGACUAAAGGUCGCACUCUGUGAGAUUCGAUUCGAGGCACGCGUCCUACUACUACUUAUCUUCUACACAGUGAAGAACUCGACGAGAUUUUCCAGAGCCCGAAUCCGGUCAAAGCCUCUCUUGCAAAGCAGAAAAUUACCAUCGUCAAGAAAUCGGAUCACGUCGAGAUGAUCCAAAUGGAUCAGCACAAGGAGGGCCUCUCCCCUGCUUAAUUAUAUGGCAUUUUCACCGUGCCGUUUGGUCCAUGGAUUCUGUGCCCAUACAGAAGUUCAGGAUUUGGGCGAGUCGCAGUUCGAAACUCUCACAUUAUAUUUCAUAUUACUCAAAAAUUCAGUCGAAAAUCCAUGCUUUGGACGCCGAACAAAGAUACAAUCUGUCAAGUUUGUUGACCACGGCUAUCGAAAGUACCCGUAUAUAUCACAAAAAACGCCCGUAAAACCAUACUUAGUUCCGGGAUAGGUAUAUACCUAUGACUAUGAAAAGAUUGACUCA